CAAGUUAUCUUUUCAGUUCCACCGUUUUGAGCACUGUGAAAUUCCCAGAAAGAUUAUAGGACUGUUUGAUGAAGGAAAGUCAAGAAUGGGGUGCUCUGAAGUUAGAUUCUAGCUUCUAGAUUGUUGAUUUCUUAGUACAAAAUUGGCGACUUUAGUUGAACUAACCUCAACCUGUAAUCAUCCUGCUUCAGGAACAAAAGUCCAUCAUGCCUAACCUGCUUAGCUUGACCAGGCAGGAAAAAUGAAGGUCUAAGGUCAAGGAUUGCAGCAUAACUCCACAAUCAAGACAAAAAAACGUAUUCAAUUCUAGCAGAUGAUUAAAAAAAAAAAAUGGGAUUCGUUCGGCUUCGCGUGACAAAUCAGAACGACUCAGAUCUUGAAAGUAUGAUGGCUUUUUGAACUGGGGGAGUACAUGGAAGUAGCGUGUAGUUGGAGACAAAGUCAGACUUUUCACAUCAAUGAGAUGAAAGGAGCCGCUCCUUCUUCGAGUCUUAACUGUUCUCCAAGUACUGCUGCGAACUGACUGUUGAAAAUGGAAGGGAAGUUCGUCGUUUUUCUGACAAUUCUCUUGUUGGGAUCGAUUUGCUCGAAUGUCUUGGCGAAACCCGAAGAGGACGAGCGUGCAUUACUGGAUUUCCUUGGCAAUGUUUCCCUCUCGCGCCCUCUCAACUGGAACAAGGAUUCUUCUGUUUGCCAGUCCUGGACUGGGGUCCUGUGUAAUAAGGACCAAUCGAGGGUCAUCGCCCUCCGGCUGCCUCGAGCGGGGAUCAGCGGUCCGAUCCCGCCGAGCACGCUGAGUCGCUUAUCGGCACUUCAAAUUCUGGGCCUCAGAUGGAAUAGUAUGUCGGGUUCAUUGCCGUCUGAUUUUUCCAAGCUCAAGAAUUUGACUGGCCUUCAUCUCCAGAGCAACAGCUUCUCAGGUCCAUUGCCUUCGGAUUGGUCCGUUUGGCCGAACCUCACCGUUGUUAAUUUGUCUAACAACGAAUUCAAUGGGAGCAUACCCUCUUCAAUUUCCAAUUCGACCUACCUCACUACUUUGGAUCUGGCGAAUAACUCGCUUUCUGGAGAAAUUCCCGAUUUAUAUCUCCCCAAUCUGCAGAUGCUGGAUUUGUCCAACAAUGACCUUGCAGGACGUGUGCCUCGGUCGCUUCAAAGGUUCCCUAGUCAGGCAUUUGUAGGAAACAAUGUUUCCUUCGAGGAUGAUGCAUCACCUCCGGCUCUUCGAACUAAACAUCCUGGCGUCGGCCCACCCAAAAACGCCAGCAAACUCAGCGAACCGGCACUUAUAGGAAUUGUCAUCGGUGGUUGCCUACUCGGAGUCGUGGCAAUCGCUCUUUUCACGAUCAUGUUCUGCUCGAGGGGAGGAAUCAAAAGGAGAGGAUUGCUGAAGUCGCAGAAGCGGCAAGAAGUGUCUCAAAAGAAGAGAGGGGUCGCUGAGAGCGAAGAAAAGGACAACAAGAUUGUGUUCUUCGAGGGCUGUAACUACACAUUCGAUCUCGAGGACUUGUUGAGAGCUUCUGCCGAGGUGCUUGGGAAGGGGACGUUCGGGGCGAGCUAUAAGGCGGCCCUGGAGGAUGCGACCACGAUGGUGGUUAAGAGGCUGAAGGAGGUGAGUGCGGGCAGGAAAGAGUUCGAGCAGCAGAUGGAAAUGGUCGGGCGAAUCAGACAUGAGAACGUCGCUCAACUCAGGGCAUACUACUGCUCGAAGGACGAGAAGCUGCUCGUGUACGAUUUCUACGGCGAAGGGAGCGUGUCGUCUCUGUUACAUGGCGACCGAUGCGAACGUCGGGGUGCUCUGGACUGGGAAACUCGCCUAAAGAUCGCGAUCGGAACUGCGAGAGGCAUCGCUCACAUCCACACGCAAAACGGUGGCAAACUUGCCCACGGAAACAUGAAGUCCUCGAACAUAUUCCUGAAUCCUGAGGGAUUCGGUUGCGUGUCGGAUGUUGCGUUGGCUCCGGUGAUGGACCAAAUCCCCCUGCCCCUGCUGCGCAUCUCCGGCUACCGGGCCCCGGAGAUGACGGACAGCAGGAAGCCGUCGCAAGCGUCGGACGUCUACGGCUUCGGGGUCCUGCUGCUGGAGCUCCUCACGGGGAAGUCCCCGAUGCACGCCACGAGCAGCGGCGACGAGGUGAUUCACUUGGUCAGGUGGGUGAACUCCGUGGUCAGGGAGGAGUGGACGGCGGAGGUGUUCGACAUGGAGCUCCUGCGGUACCCCAGCAUCGAGGAAGAGAUGGUGGAGAUGCUGCAAAUAGGGAUGGCUUGCGUGGCGAGGAUGCCCGAGCAGAGGCCGAAGAUGCCCGACGUGCUGAGGAAGGUGGAGGAGAUCCGCCGGGAGCACACCGCGACUGAGCCGUCCCCGGAAAUCAAGUCCCCCGGUUCGACUUCCGCCCCGUCCCCCACCCGUGAGGGUGCCGAAACGGCGUCGCCCUCCGCACGACAGUCUUAGAACGUGUCCCGCGAAGUUUACCGUUCUCGUGUCGUCCAGUCCAGGAUAGUGGUUUGUUUUUUGGUCAAUUCAUCUCGAAUGGAAGGCUUUUCAUCGAUUAAUUUCCAGCAAGGGGAAAAUCGAAAAAUUGGAAAAUCGGGUUGACAUGGUGGAUCCCCAUUCGGACCCGUCAACGCCAAUUUCGAGAAUCGGAAAUCAUGUUGACGCGGUGUCGCCACAUUUGAAGCAUUCAACGCCAAUUCGAGAACCGUUUCGAGCUUUGUUGA